GUCGACUUUUAUCUUCCAUACAGUAAUUGACUUCCAUUGGAAUAAGGCGACGCAAUAUAUCAUCUAGGUUGCUUCAGAAAUCUGCGUUGCAAAAGACUGAGUAUAACAAUGGAUAUGUACAAAGCGAUCGUCGAUUGCCUCUUCGGCUCGAAUAACUAUCAUGAAGAUACGACAUCUUUGGCCAUAUAUGACAAUAAACUGCUUUUAAUCAAUACCAAUGCAACAGAGAUAGAGACUGCCGAAGCCCUCCUCUCAUUAUUACUUACUUCCGAGAAGUUAGGCGACGACCUCGAAACUCGUCUUAAGAAUAUCGUCAAAGACAGCGGGCUGGUACAUGCCGAUGGUCUCUGGUACGAAGGGCUUGCUAAAAUUCUGCUCAAGCGAUUGGAAUCUUUAAUCAAGGAAGGGCAAAGUGCGAAUCUCACUGGAGCCGUCAAGGAGGCAUUCGACAAAGCCAAGGGUACCGUCGACGAGUUUGUUCGCAACCAUCCUGUUCUUACAUCUAUUGCGCUUACACUCCUUGUUCUUGGUCUGCUCAUGUAUGCUGCACCUUGGGCGGUUCACGCACUUGGAUUUACUUUAGAUGGACCCCUUGAAGGCUCUUUUGCCGCUGGGUGGCAAUCUGCAAUUGGCAAUGUCGAGGCAGGGAGUUGGUUCGCUUUUUGGCAGAGAUUGGGUAUGACAUGGGGGAAGUAAUAAGAGAAUGCAAUGUUCACAAUUCAGGAAGUAUAGUGGAAUGCAUGUAUUAUUGACUAUGUAUAAUUUACUAUCGAUUCACCAUAGGAUGCAAUAAACGUGUAUCUAAUACAUUAAUUGUGUAUACUUUCAAUCAAUAGUCAAUUCCUCGUAUGUGAAAUAUAUUCGCACCGACCA